CCAGAGGUGCCAUGUGAUUUCCAGUCCCAGCACCCAUGGGAGUCCCAGGGAACAACUGGAAAGACAAACAUGAGUCACGUGUUACCCAGUGGGUGCCCAACUGCCCACAGAGCCCCUGGCAUCCUCCAUCCUCCUUGGCAGCUCACCUGUUCUGCCCCAUUAACUUCUCUGCCAUGGCUGAGCCAGCAGCCUUCAUUGGAGGAGCCCACGGAGCUCUCAGCUCCAAUGAGUCGCCAGCCCCCAGCCAGGCUCCUGGCAGCGAGGAGAAAGCCAAAGCCGGGAACGCCAAGAAGGUGGAGGAGGAGGAGGAAGAGAUAGACAUCGACCUGAACGCGCCCGAGACUGAGAAGGCCGCGCUUGCCAUCCAGGGCAAGUUCCGUCGCUUCCAGAAACGGAAAAAGGACCCCAGCCCCUGAGCAGCUCCGCCACCCCGUCCCCACAGUCCCCCAUCCCCCCUCUGCCAGCACAGCCCGGCUCGCCCCGUGUUUGCUCGCGCCUGCCCAGCCCAGCUUGGGCUGUUGGUAUUUGCACGUUCUAUGUACCUGGUUUCGGGGGACGAGGGGCUCCCCAGACCCAGCUGCACCCACAUGCCGAGCUCCUGCCUGGGGAAGGAUGGGGGCAUCCUCUUCUUAUAGCCAUGAUGUUGGCCUGGCAGGCUCCUGGUGCCAUCCUCACAAAGCCAUGAAGGGGCCACGGGCCCCAGGCUGGACAGUGCCUCCUGGGGGCCUCGGGCUGGGGUGGGGGCAGCCCUGGGAGAGCCAGUCAGACGUAACUGCCCAUUAGCCCUGGCCAAGCCAACACAGGGCAUGAGGGGGUCUGCUCUUGAGCACCCCCAUCCUGAGUGGACACCCCGAGCCACCCCACCCUGUCCUAAGAGGGGGCUGCUCCUUAGCUUCCCCCACAGCUCCAUCCUGAGCAGCUUCCCAUCAACCCCGGCCCAUGAGACCACCCACUCCCACCAGGGACCCUGACUGGGACAGCCAGAGGCCCAGGGCCAGAUAGGGGGUGGGGGUGCAGAGCCAAGGAGAGCUUAGGGAAGGGGCCCAGAGCCAUGCAGGGGGAGGGGAAGGGCCAUAAAGCCAGAUGGGGGGGGAUCAGAGCCGAGUAGACCCAGGCCUAUGAGGGGCAGUCAGGGCUAGCGGGUGGGGGACAGGGCCUAGGGCGAGGCUAGUAGGGAGGAAGGGCCCUAGGCUGGGGGGGUGGGGGUGCUGCAGGGUGCUCCCAGUCCUGUGGGACCAGGCCUGAACUACAGCUAAACAGGGCAGGCCCCACCAAAUUUCCAGGCCAGGAUUGGGGAGAGGAUCCUGUCACCUUUCCCUCCUGGGUUUUCUUAGCCAACGGGGGCUGGAGGCAGCUGGUGACCCCUCCCCUGGGCUGGUGUUGCCUGGGGCCGGGCACAGAUGUGACCGUGGGGUGGGGGAAUGUCAAGGCCCUGCUGGGGAGCAGGAGCCAGGCUUUGCUCUGCUCCGGCCGGGUGGGGCGCUCCUGCUCUGAGCUCCAUGUAAUGGGCACAUGGUGUGUCGGCACCGGCUCCUUGGAGACCCCUCUCAAACUAGGAACAAGGGGGACUUCCCCCCCCACCCCAGUGGAAACAAUGGAGACCCCCUCCCCCACUGCUAACAAGGGGGACUCCCCCCCCGACUGGGAACAAUGGAGACCGUCCCCCAUUGGGGGACAGUGGGGAUCCCUUUUCAUACAGAGAACAAUGGGGACCUCCCCCCCAUGGGAAUAAUGGAGACCCCUGUCCCCCACUGGGAACAAUGGAGACGCCUGCCUUGAGCGCAGUGGGCGAGGCUGGGUGCCAAGGUGUGGGGAGGGGGAGGGCACUGGGGAUUGGGGAGCAGGGCACAGCUGUGAGCAGGAGGGGGUAGCAGAAGGCAGCCGGAGUGGGGGAGGGGGGUCGGAGAUGAGGGCUGGACAGGGAGAAAGGAACAAGUGAGUCAGAGCUGGAGGAGGUGACAUUCCCCAGUGGGGCUAGCAGAGGGGAGCACCAGGCACUGGGCGCCCAUGGUGCUCCCCCCCUCCUCCCCCAAUUUAAGAGAGGCACCGAGUCCCUCCCAGCUUAGGCAGGAACCCUAUGGGGUCCCCCUCCCCCUUCCAGGGCCCCAUCCAUGCAGCAUCUCAGCUGCCUGUCCCCCUCCACCCAUGCCCCUCUCAAGCCUUGGGCCGACACCAUCCCACCGCUGUGCCCCCUGCUGCUGGCACAGCCCCCGCACCCAGCACCCAGCACUGUAAGGCCUCGGCGUUCCCCAGCAUUGGAUUCAACCCGCCUCCACCCCAGCCCGCCGGGAGCUGCAGCCCGAGCACCAGGGAGCGCCGUGCAGCUGUGAGCGAUUGGAGGGGCCAGGCCACACCGUCCCCUGGCCGCAGCGCUGGGGGGAGCGCUCCUGCCUGGGGAGACGAUGCGGCCCGCAGGGCGGACACAGCUGCUGCGAGGACUGGCUCUUUUAGCAUGUUUACGUAAUAAAAUGUCUGGGAACAGUG